UGCAGAGAAAACCGGGAAGAUCCUGACGGAGUUCCUGCGUUUUUAUGAGGACCAGUAUGGCGUCGCCCUCUUCAAUAGCAUGCGCCACGAGAUCGAGGGCACCGGGUCGCCGCAGGCCCAGCUGCUCUGGCGCAAGGUGCCGCUGGAUGAGCGCAUCAUCUUCUCGGGGAACCUCUUCCAGUACCAGGAGGACAACAAGAAGUGGAGGAACCGCUUCAGCCUCGUGCCCCACAACUACGGGCUGGUGCUUUAUGAGAACAAAGUGGCCUAUGAGCGGCAGGUCCCACCCCGAGCCAUCAUCAACAGUGCAGGCUACAAAAUCCUCACCUCCGUGGAUCAGUACCUGGAGCUGGUUGGCAACUCCUUACCAGGGACCACGUCGAAAUCAGGCACCGCCCCCAUCCUCAAGUGCCCCACGCAGUUCCCGCUCAUCCUCUGGCAUCCCUCUGCACGUCACUACUACUUCUGCCUGAUGACGGAAGCGGAGCAGGACAAGUGGCAGGCUGUCCUGCAGGACUGCAUCCGGCACUGCAACAAUGGGAUCCCCGAGGACUCCAAGGUGGAGGGCCCUGCAUUCACGGACGCCAUCCGCAUGUACCGCCAGUCGAAGGAGCUGUACGGCACCUGGGAGAUGCUGUGUGGGAAUGAGGUGCAGAUCCUGACAAACCUGGUGAUGGAGGAGCUGGGCCCUGAGCUGAAGGCGGAGCUCGCCCCACGGCUGAAGGGGAAACCGCAGGAGCGACAGCGGCAGUGGAUCCAGAUCUCGGACGCCGUGUACCGCAUGGUGUACGAGCAGGCCAAGGCACGCCUUGAGGCCGUGCUGUCCAAGCUACAGCUGGCCCGGCCGGCCAUGGAGGCCGCCAUCCGCACCGACAUGGACCAGAUCAUCACCUCCAAGGAGCACCUGGCCAGCAAGAUCCGAGCCUUCAUCCUCCCCAAGGCGGAGGUGUGUGUCCGGAACCACGUGCAGCCCUAUAUCCCGUCCAUCCUGGAGGCCCUGAUGGUGCCCACCAGCCAGGGCUUCACCGAGGUGCGGGACGUCUUCUUCAAGGAGGUCACCGACAUGAACCUGAAUGUCAUCAACGAGGGCGGCAUCGAUAAGCUGGGCGAGUACAUGGAGAAGCUGUCCCAGCUGGCGUACCACCCCCUCAAGAUGCAGAGCUGCUACGAGAAGAUGGAGCCGCUGCGGCUCGAUGGGCUGCAGCAGCGUUUCGACGUCUCCAGCACGUCUGUGUUCAAGCAGCGAGCCCAGAUCCACAUGCGUGAGCAAAUGGACAACGCUGUGUACACCUUUGAGACCCUCCUGCACCAGGAGCUGGGGAAGGGGCCCACCAAAGAGGAGCUGUGCAAGUCCAUCCAGCGGAUCCUGGAGCGGGUGCUGAAGAAAUACGACUACGACAGCAGCACCGUGCGGAAGCGCUUCUUUCGGGAGGCCCUGCUGCAGAUCACCAUCCCGUUCCUGCUCAGGAAGCUGGCCCCCACCUGCAAGUCGGAGCUGCCCCGGUUCCAGGAGCUGAUCUUUGAGGACUUUGCCAGGUUCAUCCUGGUGGAGAACACGUACGAGGAGGUGGUGCUGCAGACGGUCAUGAAGGACAUCCUGCAGGCCGUGAAGGAGGCCGCCGUGCAGAGGAAGCACAACCUGUACCGGGACAGCGUGGUCAUGCACAACAGCGACCCCAACCUGCACCUCCUGGCCGAGGGCGCGCCCAUCGACUGGGGGGAGGAGUACGGUGGCAGCGGUGGGGACGGUGGCAGCCCCAGCGUCCCGGAGGUAGCCACUCUCUCAGAGAAGCGACGGCGCGGCAAGCAGGUGGUGUCUGUGGUCCAGGACGAGGAGGCAGGGCUGCCCUUCGAGGCUGGCCCUGAGCCAUCACCUGCGUCCCCGGACAGUGUCACUGAGCUCCGUGGCCUGCUGGCCCAGGAUGUGCGGGCCGAGAGCCCCGCGCCGGCCGGCCCCCUGCUCAAUGGGGCCCCCACGCUAGAGAGCCCCCAGCCGGAGAGCCCCCAGCCCGUGGCAGCCCCUGAGGCCUCCUCGCCACCUGCCUCGCCGCUCCGGCAGCUCCCACCUGGAAAGGCUGUGGACCUCGAGCCUCCCAAGCCCAGCGACCAGGAGACCGGGGAGCAGGUGUCCAGCCCUGGGGGCCGCCCCCCCAUCCACACCACCACUGAGGACAGUGCAGGGGUGCAGACUGAGUUCUAGGCUGUUCACCCCCGAGUCUCUGUUGGACAUGGCACAGGGCCCCUGCCUACGGGGCACUGCAGGCUCUGCUCUGGGCAGGGAGCACCAGACCUGUGCCUUCUAGUGGAGGCGGGCAGGGCUGGUACGGCACCUCCAGGGCUGGGCAGCGACGGGCCCACCUCAGUCACUUUACUGGGCUCCGUCACACUUUGUUGCUCCGUUUGCUCUUCUGUGGGAUGAUCUCGGCUUUCCUCCUGGUGCUGGGGGCUGGGCACAGCUGAGGGGCUGGGGAACGUCUGCUAGCCCCUGGGUCCCUGGGUCUUCUCUUCCUGCCCUUCCUCUGUGGCCUCUUUCCCUUGUGGGUCUUGCCAUCCUUGGAAAGAGGGAGGUAAAGGCAUUGUUUGCUGUGACUCAGAGACCGUGCAUCCUCCCCUCGCCACAAGGGGCUCAUUGGAACUGGGAAGAGGGAGCGCUGAGGCCCACCUCUGAGCCCGCUCCCUCCCC